AUGGACGAGGACGAAGGAGCGGCGUUCCACUCGUCUGGCGUGUGUCGACAGCCCGCCAAGCGUGGUGCACGAGCGUGUGAGUCUCCCCGUCGCUAUGCCCGGAUCCGCGCUCGGUCGCCGCCAGACGAUUGCGGAGCACGAGCUACGGCGAGUGUGACUGUGGCCAGAGACGAGCUACUGAUCAGUUGAUGGCUCACUUUACCCCAGGUGUGACGUGUCGUCGGCUGAAAAAGACGUGCCACCCCUCCGAAACGGACAAGAAUGGCUGUAAGCGCUGCGAGGCGUCGGGCCUGGUCUGCACCUUUGAUCGACCGGCGAGCUCGAUCGUCGACGAUGCGUGAGUCUUCUAGGAGCAAACGGUCAAAGAUAGGGAGUCGUCUGGGCCGCGGAUCCGACUCGACUCGGGGUGAUUCGACACUUCCCCGUCCGGAGUCGGGCGAGAUGAUCACCCAGGGAUCCGUUCUCAGCGCACCCAGUGUCUCCUCGCCGAUGCAGGUGCUGAUCCGUACUCAUCUCGGUCGACAACAGUGGACUGAACCGACUGUCGGCGAUCGAAGCAACCGUAUCGACCCAAGAGAGAAGGAUGGAUACCCUCGUCCAGAGCGUCGGCCAGGUCUCGAGUACGUCGGCAUCUCCCGUCGGUAUCUCGAGGCGCAAUUUCGGCAGCGAGAGGUCCUCAUGAUGUUUUGGGACUCUAUCGCGCAGGCACGUUAUCCGAGAUCUUGACAUGGCUCAAAAGUGGCAACAGUCCCUCAACUCACCCAGCCCAGACACCUCCGGCAUUGGCGCUGUCCCAUCUGCACGCCCCUUCCCACUCGGCCCCCACCCUUCCAGGUUUCUCCCACCACGGUCUAGCCUCCAUACCGCCGCAGGCACCGAGCCUGCAUAGCGACCCCAGCCCCAAAGCAAUGACCGCGAGUCCGAAUCCGAACGCUUCGAGUCGGCUCGAGGCCCUCGCAUCCGUCGCGGUCGACCCUCAGCCGAACCAAAACAUCGAUCGCUUCGCCUCUCGGUUGCACGCCCCGAUCCAGGCCCUCGCCGAUGCGGCCGAUCAAUUGAACUCGGGUGAGGACCGAGAGACGAGGAAGGAAGGGCAGACGGAAGGUCAGAGCGAAGGUCAAGGGAACCAGAGCAACCCGGGCCCAGACGGCGAGGAAGGGGCGUCGCACCGACCCAAGAAGCGCAGUCGACAUUCGGACAUCGGUGGGAUCACAAGCGAAGCCUCGGGACCGCAACACGACGUUGUCGCCAAGGGUUAUGUCAGUGAUCGAGAGGCGAGGGCCUUAGUUCUGUUUCAUCAUAAGGAGCUGCAUCCGUUCUGUGCGAUCCUCGACCCGGACCACGACACCUUCUUCACCCUGCGCCAGCACCAUUUCCUUUUCGACGUCAUCAUUUACACGGGAUUGCGCGCACAGGAAGGAAACGCGGCCGCCUCGAAGCAACUGUUGCAAGUUGCCGAACACGUGCGAGAGACCGUCAGGGGUUUCAUCUUUGACCCGUCCCCACCGGUCGAAUGCAUCCAGGCGUUGCUCAUCAUGGCAUGUUGGCACGAUGAACCGUACAUUCUUUCCGGGUUCGCGUUGCGCCUGGCUCUGUCCGCACGGUUGGAUACGACAUUUGCUCAAAUUGACGCGCGAGGGUGGGAUCUCAAGGACGAGCGAGCGAGGCAGUUGACGAUGCAGUUGAGGACGUGGCUGUAUUGCGUGUUUCUCGAGUUCAAGUAAAUUGAUCCGAGACGCUCGAGGAAGAAACGGGGGGUGGGUGCGGGGAGUUGGAUACUCACAAUCUGCGUACUUUCUCCUUCAGACAUAGUCGAUGUACGGAUCGUAUGAUCAUACUUCGUCAACAAGACGUUGAUGUACUCCGCGGCAAUGCCGAUCGAUUGUUGCAAAUGCCCUUCUCCAUAAAGAACGGUACGGGGGGACGCUCGGAGCGACAAGCAAUGCCCUUAACCGAGAAGAUGAAUUUUGUUCCUGUGCAGACCUUCGGACCGUGGCCAAUCUGAAACUCACUUUCAUCGAACGCGGCAUCAUGGAGACGGGUCGAAUGCUCGCGCGUGAACAAGACGUCUUCAAACACUUGGCGUACAUCAAAGAGACCCGGGAGGCUUUGACGAGAUGGCAUGCCGAUUAUGAUACAUUGCUAGGUAAGCCUGCAUCAGAUUCCUAUGAAUCGACGCACAUCACUAAAUUGUGAACUCCUCGGUUCCAUAGCGGUGCAUGAGCCCUCACCCCUAACCUGGCGGCGGCGAUCGCACAUGCGCCACCUCCAAGAAGCCUACUUUUUCCUGCCCGCCAACAUUCUAGGUCAACGCCUCCUGAGCCCAAACGGCUCGCCCGAACUAAUCGACGUCGGUCAUCAAGCGCUCAUCUCUGCGCGGACCAUGAUCCGCACCGUGUUGCACUCGCCGGCGUACGCGGCUUCGCUCAAGUACUCGGGUUACUUGAUGAGGGUCGACCUCUCGUUCGCGGCGAUGUUGUUGCUCAAGUUGGCCAAGGUCUAUCCCGAAGCGUCAAUCAGCCCCGAGGAGAUCGUCAAGGAUGUGAAUGACCUCAUUGAACGGCAGUCGCAGUGCGCUGGAGGAGUUCGCUUCACGAAUUUGCUUCGGUAUGUUUUUCGACGAAGAUGACAGUGAGAGCCACACCAAUACAUCCUCAUUUUUCUACACGAUUGAACCUUCAGCAUCGCGAAGGAUCAAUACAUUGCGUCUGUCUAUUCCCCUUCUCCUUCGGCCGACGUCAACAACCCUACAGCGUUCGACGAGAGCCCAAGCUCGAACUUCCACGACCUCCGCUUCCCUAAGCCCGAGUCACCCCAAACCUCGGGACCGAUCCAACUCCGGACAUCGAUCUACAAUUCGGGCCACUACCCUCCGACAUUACCCGGGGUCACCUUCGCUCGACCGGAUACCGCAUUCUCGAUGCCUCCUCCGCCACUUCCCACAUCUCUCCCAUCACCAUCCCCUUCGAACCUCACAGCGCAACAACAAGCCCUUUCGGCCUCGAUGACGUCCUUGUCCAAGCCCCCUCCAGGUGCAGGGGCCUUGUUACCAGGGGAGAAGGACGUGAUUUGGCCCGAGUGGAACGGGACGGGGGGUGCAGCGGGCGAAGGGAUGACGCCGACGUCGUCGACGAAUGCGAACGCGGAUUGGUUCGGUGGUCCGGCAGGAGAAUGGAUGGUCGGCGUACCGGAUCCGGGCUGGCCUUUGAAUUGGACUCAGCUACCUUGA